CCCGAGAGCGGCCACAAGCUUCGGAGACAAAUGCGCCACCUGAGAGAGCGGCCGUCAACUACGUCUAUUAUGCACGAGAAGACAAGUGCCAUACAAAUAAGAAGAUCCACUGUCUGCCUCGAGGAGAUGCGUUCCGAGGAAGUUAUUUGAAUCGUCAAAAUAUCCCGAGGUUGAGUCACAAUUGUGCGAUGAUAUCGACGAGGUACGUGUCGUUCCUGUCGGGAAUAGUGAUAGCUUCCCUGACCUGGGCGUUCAGUCUGUACCUUUACUCAAGACUGUCGCAGAAUGCCAUCGCCGCCAGCCCCACGGUCCUGGUGCCCGGUGCUUCCGGUCGCGGCGAGGGUAUCAACAAGGAGAUCAUGCUGCGCGACAACGUGGUCGUCGCGCGCAACGACAAGCUCGUCUCAGUCGGAAAGGAAGCCUACAACUUGAAGGGCAAUAGAAAUCCCGGGAACAACGACCUCCUGCAGCAGUUGCAGCCUGUGCCGGUGAGACCUGCAGUCACCUUGGAUCAAGGUCUGAACGAAUUGGGCAUGGUGAAGAAUUUGGAGGAUCAGCGAAAACGGGACGAGGGUUACAAGAAUUACGCCUUCAACGUUCUGAUAUCGGACAAUCUUGGCGUGCGGAGGAACAUACCGGACACGAGGCACAAGCUGUGCGGCGCGCAGAGAUAUUCCGCCGAUUUGCCAAACGCCAGUGUAAUAAUCUGCUUCUACAACGAGCAUUACAUGACCCUGUUGCGCUCCUUGCAUUCUGUGCUGGAGAGAACGCCGGUGGCGCUUCUACACGAGAUCAUCCUGGUGAACGAUUACAGCGACAGCGAGACGUUGCACGAGAAGAUAAGAGUGUACGUCGAGAACAACUUCAACGACCGAGUACGAUUGUUCAAGACCGAGAGAAGGGAAGGUUUGAUCAGGGCGCGGGUGUUCGGCGCUCGGAAAGCGACCGGCAAGGUUUUGAUCUUCUUGGACAGCCACAUAGAAGUGAACGAGAUGUGGAUAGAGCCGCUUCUCUCGAGGAUUGCUCACUCGAGGAGCAUCGUACCGAUGCCGGUGAUCGACAUUAUAAACGCAGAUACGUUUCAGUAUACCGCCAGUCCGCUGGUGAGAGGUGGCUUUAAUUGGGGCCUUCAUUUUAAGUGGGACAAUUUGCCACUUGGGACAUUAAAACGCGACGACGACUUUGUAAAACCCAUCAAAUCACCGACUAUGGCCGGGGGACUGUUCGCUAUUGAUAGAGAGUAUUUUAUAAAAAUGGGAGAAUACGACGUCGGUAUGGACGUUUGGGGUGGUGAGAAUCUUGAAAUAUCAUUCCGAAUAUGGAUGUGCGGCGGCAGUAUCGAGCUUGUUCCCUGCUCACGCGUGGGUCAUGUGUUCAGAAGACGACGACCGUACGGCUCGGACGAUCCGCACGACACCAUGCUGAAGAAUUCCCUGCGGGUCGCGCACGUGUGGAUGGAUGAAUACAAAGAUUACUUUCUGAAAAAUGCUAAAGCGAUUGAUUACGGCGAUGUCGCGGAGCGAUUGGCGUUGCGCCAGCGAUUAAAGUGCAAAACAUUCGGCUGGUACCUGAAGGUGGUUUAUCCGGAACUAACGUUGCCGGACGACACGGAGAGGCGGCUGAAGGACAAGUGGGCCAAGCUUGAGCAGAGACCGAUGCAGCCUUGGCACUCGAGGAAGAGGAAUUAUACCGAUCAGUAUCAAAUCAGACUUUCAAACACCGCGCUCUGUGUCCAGAGUGAAAAGGAUAUCAAGACUAAAGGCUCGAAACUUAUCUUGACGCCCUGUUUGAGAAUUAAAUCGCAGAUGUGGUACGAGACCGAUAAGAACGAACUAGUGCUUGGUCAGAUGCUUUGCAUGGAAGGAGCCGAGAAGAUUCCGAAGCUUGGAAAGUGUCACGAGAUGGGAGGAAGCCAAGACUGGCGUCAUAAGCGCGUUAGUGGCACGCCCAUCUACAACAUGGCAACAGGAACCUGCUUAGGAGCGACGCGCGACGCACGAAACGCUCCGCUCGUCAUGGAUUUAUGUACGAGAUCGAACGCCUCGUUGAUAACGUGGGAUCUCAUUCGGUCGAAGGUGCCGGCCAAAGAGAUCAGAUGACAUAGAAAGAAGGGUCGUAAAAAUAGGAAAAAGAAUUCCGAGGAUUGGCUCGGAAGGAAAUGGUAGUCUUCGGCGACUUGUAUAUACUCGGAAAGAUGAUCGCAAUUAGAAGUAGGGUAUCUCGACGCGCGUCAAACCUUUUACGGUAAUUUUGCCCGACACGACUGAGGAACUAAUUGAGCGGAGCUGCGAAACGUUUGAAAGUAUCGUAAUUGUAUAGGAAAUACUAUUGUAAAGAGAUUGAAUUUGUCGGAUACGUGUACAUACAA